GCCCGCGCUGCAGCUUCCUAGCGCGCGCAUAUGCUUGUUAAAGGAGCUGGCAGAGAAUCCUGCAGCAGCUGUGGGAGCCUCCGUCCGCGUCACCGGCGAGGUGAAGGAAUUCCAGCAGAUUGACGCAAGCCGGCAGCCGAUGCUGCUCAUGCAGGAUCGGGGUGCCACUCUGCUGGUGGAUGGGACCGCUGCCGUGCGCGCAGCGGGCACGGAAAUCCUACCAGGCCGUUCUCUCCAAGCCGUUGGGGAGCUGGAAAGGAGAGCACGCAUCCUGAGGGUCGUGGACAUGGAUCUGCAACUCUACGAGCGCUGCCUCGCAGUCCGCCGGCAGUUCGAAUCCAAGUAUCUCUGA